AAACGCCUACCAUUUGUUGAUUCUAAAAGCUUAGUCGCCGUGACCUAUGACAUUGACCUUGACAUUUAGGGGAUUGUGACUGGUGUGUUUUCGAGCUGGUGUGUGACGGCCGGGUUUAACAUGGGACACUGUGCAGCAGUACCAUUGCCAUUGUGACAACGCUAGCAAGGGCAGACAAUCUGGACAGAAGAUCAGAAACUUAACAGCCCAAACCCAACCCGAACCCAACCCGAACCCCGUGGUUUUGAUAAGGAGACGAUGGACAGAAGAGGGUCAGGCCUAGCCGAGCAAUUUAUGUCCAACUGGCAGUCGGAAGUCUUCAGAGAUAGAUGUGUCAAUCAGAUUGACACUGCCAGAAUAGAAGCCAAUCCUCAAGUGACGUCACAUGACCCCCUAGAACAAUUCCUAGCCAAAAACUCAAGCAAGGAAUUGGAGAAUUUUAUAUUCAGCCAAUCAAAGACUAGAGAGGAAUAUGUUUCACUUGUGGCUGAGAUGCUAAUGGCUUUGAGAGAUAGUGCAAAAAAACCUGUUUAUAAUUCAAGCAUCUUAAGUGCUGCAUCACCUCAAGUCUUGGCUGCUGCUGGUAUUGAUAAAGAUGACUUGCUUAGUAGAACACAAGAUGAAAACAAAGAUGACAUACUACAUACAACAAAAGACAAGGAAAAUUAAAAUGAUAUGUGACAUAGUUUGAAGAGAGUUCUACUUUUUAUAACUUAUAACAGAAUUGGAUGUCAGUCUGUGACUUGAAGGGUGAAAAAGUUUUGUCAACAAAGCGCAGCAGUAAAGCCAGCAUUGAGAACUUAGUUACAGCUUGUGCAACCACAUAAGAUGUGCAACCACAUGAUUUCUACUUUUUUGUAAUGCACGGAGUGACCGUUUUUAUACUGAAAAAGUUGUGACACUGCAUGAUGAAGACAAAAACGUACAUUUUACAUUUAUAAAUGCUAUGUAAACCUUUUGACAAACAGUUAUAACAAAACAAUACUAAAAAGGACUAAAGCAAUAGCCACAAGCAACUGUACUAGAUUUUAAUCUUGAAACAACAUGUUAAAAAUCACUAGAGUAUAAAACACAGCUCUAUUAAAGGACUGUACACGCAGGUAAUCCUGGCAGUUGUGGAGGACACACUAGGAAAUAAAUAGUUUCUCACAGGUCUCUUGCAAUAGAUUGAUGACAUAACUCUCUUCUUUACCAUAGGUAGAAAGGAAGGGGAUGGCUGACAUAUAACAAUAUGAAUCAUCUUGAGGGGAUGGGGAGUUGACAAGAUUAUCAUGUCCAACAUUCCAGCUAAUCUGGCAAUCCAAAAAUAGAAACACAACAGUAAUAAAUAGAAAUAACAUUUAACAUGUAGGGUGUUCAGUGUCAAUUCUCCAUUUCUAGAUGAAAGCAAUUUGAUUUCAUCUCCAUAACAACUUCACAGCUAUGCAUUCUAAGAAUGAAAUGUCAUGUCAGAUCUUUUCCACUACUUAAGAAACCAAAUUGCUUUGUGCAAUGCAAUCUGAAUUUGCUAAUUAGUAGGUAAUGUGCACAUUUUCUCUUCUUUCAAUCACCAAAAUCAAUUGCUCUGAACUAAACUAGCCAGAUUUGAAUAUAUUCAUAAAAUAUGAGGAUUUUGAAAAAUGUCAAUUGGAGAGGAGGCAGUACACAUGAAUGCUAAUGGAGAAAAAAUAUAAAUGAAAUGUGAUGAAAAGCCAUGAAAUUUUUAUUUACAAGUCUCAUCUCUUUAAGCAAGAUCUUGGAUGCUCUUCCAAUUAUGUCACUAGAUUCUCUUUAGUACUGUCUAUCUUAAAUAUUUGAGUUACUGGAAUUGACAUAAGAAUCAACAGUGGGGUGCAGGAAUUGAGCACAAGCUUUCAACUACUUGCAUAAGAAUAAAGGGAAUGGGGGGGGGGGGGGGGGGGGAGAGUGAUAUGUUUUCUUUAGAAUAAUCUAGUUCAAUUAGCAAUAUUUAAUUAAGUGGUUUUUUCUAGUAAAAAAAAAUGACUUGGGCCUGAAUAAGUCUUCAUAUAAAUUUUUAUAAAAUGAUAUGACAAAAUCAAAUGGUAAUACUAGUUGUAUGGCAAUUAUAACUUACUCAAUAAGAGCAGUUCAAGGAACUCAUAUGGUCAAACAAUAUCCUUGACAGGUAGUUUUAUCACUUUCUCUUGACUUAAACAAUUAAAUAAGAUUCAAAUAAAUUCUUCUA